AUGGCAUACACAGAACAGCUAGACACGUUCGUGUCGAGGCUCAAAGAUAGCAGCGAUCUCAAGGAUUCCCAAGGAGUUCUUCUGGAACUUCUAGACAUGAUUGAGACGUUCAAUGGUGCUGCGGAGUACGAAUACUUUUUGUCCAAUUUGGUACCGAUUUUUAUGGAGAAAUUGGAUCAAGUUCCCAUCACUUUUGUGAGCCAGUCGCCAGAGCACAAGGUGAGAAACACCAUAUUGGAAAUCAUCCAUCGCUCAAUCAUGAACGAUACGUUUCAACCGUAUGCGGAACAAAUUCUCGAAACAUUGACAAAGAUUGUUGUUGAAGAAAACGAAGAAAACGGUGUAGUAUGUAUGAAGAUUAUCACCAGUCUUCACAAAGCAUUCAAGGCGACACUUUCAGGCAAAGUUGAGGGCUUCAUCACCGUCAUCAAUACCAUUUACGAUAACAUGCCCGAGACGGUUUCCACCAGAUUUGCUGCCAACAACUCUGAAGAAGCAUCAGAGAACGACCAGGCAAAGGAAAUGUCGCCUCCUUCUUUCAACGACGAAACUGCUCCACCCAAGGAACUUGCUAAUGCCAUGUACUCAUUCAAAACUUUGGCAGAGUGUCCCAUAACCAUGGUUUCUCUUUACUCUUCGUACAAGAGUUUAGUACAGACUUCGCUUCCCGAAUUUCUUCCUAAAACGAUUAGCAUUUUGGCACUCCAGGUUGAGCAACAGAAGCAGUUCCAUGAAGAAGCAGCAGACCAGAAUACCGUGGUGACAUCCGUCAGUCCUAACAUAACCAACAGACAGCUCUACAGUGACUUCAUUUUGGGACAGGUCAAGGCGGCUUCUUUCUUAGCAUACGUUUUUAUCAGAGGGUAUGCUAAUCAAUUUUUAGCACCAGAACAAGCAAACAGCGUCCCAGAAGUCAUAUUAAGAUUACUACAAGACUGCCCUGCUGAACUUUCUGUGGCCAGAAAAGAGCUUUUACACGCAACCCGGCACAUACUUUCCACCCCUUUCAGAUCCCACUUCAUUCCAAAGAUCGAGCUUCUUUUCAACGAACAGGUUUUGGUAGGUAGCGGCUUGACUUCCCACGAGACUCUUAGACCUUUAGCGUAUUCUACAGUUGCUGAUUUCAUUCACAACGUACGCAAUGAACUCACGCCAAAACAGAUAUGGUCUACUGUCAAGAUUUACUGCGAUCUUCUCAAAGACGACUCGCUUGCUUUGACGGUUCAAAUCAUGAGUGCCAAAUUACUUUUGAACUUGGUAGAGCGUAUCAUGAAAUUGCCCAAUAAACUUGAAGGCAGACAGCUAUUCAUGAUAAUCAUCGACUCUUACGCCAAAAGGUUUGAAAGCUUGAACAGGAAGCAUAACUUCAUUUUGGCAAAACACAAGGAGUUUGAGAAAAAGAAGAGUUUGAAGGAAAUCGAGUCGAAGAAGGCUAUCGAUAGAUACACCUCGAAAACAUCAGACGUUUUGGACAGAACUCCGGAAGCUGCAGAAACCUCAAAACCUCGUUCAAUAGCGGAAGAUUCUGAUGGAGACAUAGACAUGGAUUCAACCAACAUCACACCAGAGGAAAGACAGAUAGACAUAUUCACGUUAGAGGAGCUUUCACCUAUUGCGAUGACUUCAACCACAUCUACUUCAAACACAGACUUACUAAAGGAUGCAAGAUACCUUUUCCGAACAUUAAUGACCUUCCUUAAAUCAGGUUAUCUUUGGCUUAAAGAACUGUAA